UAAGCCUUCAUUUCUAUUGUCCUGGGCAGGAAAGGGUUAAAGAGAGCAGCGUGUGCUGCCGUAUGAAUGCAGCUUCCGGGGUGGUGUCACUUUCCAGCCUAGGAGUGUCGUCUCCUCUUACAGGUAGGGCGGUUUGUCCCCUGGGGAGGGUCCUGUGUGAUGUGCUGGGGUGUGGACUGGCUCCAGGUGAACGGAACUGAAGACCAGGAAAGAGUUACUGGGAUAGUCCUCGGCAGACAUCCGGAGGGUCAGGAUGUUCCGCAGUUCCAGGCGGCGGCGGUCUCAGGGAGUGGAGCUGAAUGUCACCGGCCAGGGUCAGCCAUGUCAUUCCUGCAGAGAACGCUGCCCUGGUUUCCUCGCACACAGGUGGAGAAAGAUCUGCCAACAUUGUCAUUGCCCAUGGGAAGAUCAUGGGAGCGCCACGUCUCCUCAGAAUCUAGAGAGGUCCCUGUGCCAGAUGGUAGGGGCACAGCGCUUAUCUUCAGGUGAAAGCAGUUCUGACUCUGCCUUCGAGAAAUAUGCAUGGGUACCCCCUGGACUAACCCCUGAGCAGGUGCACCAAUAUUUCAGAUGUCUUCCCGAGGACAAGGUCCCAUAUGUGCUGAGUAAAGGAGAAAGAUACAGACUGCGGCAACUUCUCUGUCAACUACCCCCACAUGACUCUGAGGCCCGGUACUGCUGCUCUUUGCAGGCAGAGGAAGAAGAAGAGUUGCUUAUUCUCUUCGUCCAGAAACGGAAACUUGAGAAUUUGGGUCGUGGGUCUGUACGUCUGUCUCCAGAACCUAUGAGUGGUACAGUCUGCCAGAAGUGUGGACAACAGAUCAGUGGGGGCGAUAUGGCGGUAUUUGCCUCCAGAGCAGGACUUGGCUCUUGCUGGCAUCCUCAGUGUUUCACCUGUACCAAGUGCUCAGAGCUUCUCUGCGACCUCAUCUACUUCUACCAUGGAGGACAAGUCUACUGUGGCCGGCACCAUGCUGAGCUUCAGCGACCACGAUGCUUGGCCUGUGAUGAGAUCAUCUUCUCGGUGGAGUGCACACAGGCCGAGGGUCACCACUGGCACACCAGGCACUUCUGCUGCUUUGAGUGUGAAUGUUCUCUUGUAAGUCAGCGCUAUAUAAUGAAAGAUAAGCGGUCGUAUUGUUCCCCCUGCUACGAGAGACUCUACGCACAGUACUGUGACAGCUGCGGGGAGAUCAUAGGUAUAGAUGAAGGACAGCUAUCACAUGGUGGGCAGCACUGGCAUGCAUCUGAACGCUGCUUCUGUUGUGGAAGGUGUGGGUCGUCUCUUCUGGGCAGGCCAUUCCUACCUCGCCAUGGACAAAUUUAUUGCUCCAGGGCAUGCAGUCUACCACGGACAAGCAGCGAGCGCUCCAUAAGCCCAGCUCAGUCAGAUGUAUCUCCACGCAAGGAAACAAGAGAUAUCGGAACAUCUACCAACACAGAGCCAGAGGGAGAACAUUUUGAAGAAAGACGUAUGGGAGGAGAACCAAGAAGAGCUGUGUCUAUGAUAGAUCAGUGUGGGACACCCCAGCAAUGCAACUCAUAUGUGACUCCAAUAAGGUCCAUACAUUCCAGCAUGAGAGGGGCGCCAAGCGAAUUCUCCCGGGAGUGUUCCCAAAGACGCUCUCUGCCUGACCUCAGGAAUCAGAAUCGAACGGGCCCUCGGGUCACCUUCAAAAUUCCUCUUAGCACUGAACUGAAGGAACCAAUGCGUUUUACCUAUCCGUCGUUCUCUUCCACCUCUUCUUCAUCUUCUGAUGAUGAGGUAGAUGGCUACUUUUUAGGAGAACCCAUUCCUUUGCCUACUUUUAUGAGGCCUCCAGGGCAUCCUGCUCCUCCCAAUCCUCCCCCAAAACCAAAGAAGAAAGACAAGAAUUGCAACCUCUCUUGAACUAUAUCUAGCUUGGCUACUCGGAGGCUGGUAAAUGUCACCUUCAACACUCAAGGACUUCACUAGACCUUAUGGGUUCCAGAACUGUGUACCUGGGAACUGGUAUUUAUUAGGGUGCUAUUAUGAUUGACAUUGGGGCGAUCUGUGUAUUCGCUGUGCAGGUGGAAGAGGUUCUGAGAAAGUACAAUCUCUUUCUCAGUUGUCAUAUCCUAUGUAAUGGAGCUCUAACCACUAGUUCCUUGUAUAAACAUCACAGCUUUCCUAAAUGUAUCUUCUAGAGCAGGGAUGCUCAACCUGCGGCCCUCCAGCUGUUGUAAAACUACAACUCCCACCAUGCCCAGCUAAAGGCUGACAGCUGUAGGCUGUUCAGGCAUGCUGGG